ACAGUAGAUAGACGAUCGUAUGUAACUACAAAAAAAAAAACGACGCAAAUUUCGUCUCGUAUUUAUAUCUUCGCAUAUUUCUAUAUUCAACUGUUUACAAACCGGAACCACAGCGGAAGGUUCAAGUAAUGACCUCCAUUGUUUUGAAAUCUAGGAUUAGAUAAUUUGUUGAAAAAGUAUGAGUGAUGUUAAAGUUAUGGAUGAAGGGGUGUUUAGUAACCUUCUAGUGGUAAACAGAGACAAGGUAAGAAAACACUGGGGCAAAACCGAAACAGAAAUAUUCGAACUAUUAGACAGACUGAAAGAAUGGAUUAAAACACAAAAUUUUCCUGAAAUGCCAACCGACAGUACUCUCGAGUUUUUUCUAACGAAUUGUAAGUACAAUCUAGACAAAACAAAGAAAAAUUUAACGACAUAUUAUUCUAUAAGAAAAGAAAUACCUGAAGUAUACCGUCAUUCAAAUCCACGAUCACCAGAAAUGGAGAAUUGCUGGGAUAUGGGAGUACUCUGUCCAUUACCGAAUCCACUCGAGGAUCUUUACAGACUGUCAAUAGUAAAAGUAAAUCAAAAUUGCUCAAAUUUUGUAGCUUGGAAAUAUUUCGCACUUAUGUUAAACAUAUAUGAAAUACGAAUAUGCGAAGAUUUGUGUCUGAGUGAGAUUAUCAUAGUAGAUUAUAAACAAUUAUUGUGGAGUCAUGUUUUUAAAAUGACGCCAUGGCUGUUAAAGAUGGCAACUAUAUUAGACAAAUUGGCAAAAAAUCGUAUAAAACAAAUACAUGUAAUUGAAGCUCCAUCCUACGUCAGCGUGUUAAUUAAUGUUGCGAAAAGAUUUCUAAAGAAAAAAAUGGUAGAUAGGAUAUUAAUACAUAAAAACAUAGAUAGCUUGUACGAACAUGUUCCAAAAGAAUUACUUCCAAGCGAUUACGGUGGAAACGAGAAAUCACUGGAUGAAAUAAUUGACCUAUGGAAAGAACACGUCAAAAAAUAUCAAAAAAGAUUUGACUUUUUAGAUCAAGUAGGAAUGGAGACAUAUGAAAAAGAAGAAUGGGAAUAGGUGUCCUAAAAACUACUUUAUUAUAUGAACUAUUUUGAUAAAAAUUGUUGUGAAUGGUUUUUAGUUUUUUUUUGUAUUUGAGGUUAAUGAUAUAUUUUUUAAAUUAAAAUGCUCAAAUCGA